UGCGCGAUGGUGGUAGUAGCGGCGGCGGCGGCGGCGUCAGUGCCCGGCGGGGAGCGGGUCCCAGGCCGCCGCCGGACCGGAGGCUAAGGGGGCGUCUGGGAGCUCCCUCGCCGGGCCCUCGGCGGCCAGAUGGCGUAGGAAGGUCGGGCUGUGAGUGUUGACAUUGAGUGCUUCAGAUCUGGUCACUAUGGUACGAGAACGAAAAUGCAUAUUGUGCCACAUCGUGUAUGGCUCAAAAAAGGAGAUGGAUGAACACAUGCGAAGCAUGUUGCAUCACAGGGAACUUGAGAACCUGAAGGGCAGGGACAUUAGUCAUGAGUGCCGAGUGUGCCGGGUCACAGAAGUGGGUCUCUCUGCAUAUGCAAAGCACAUUUCUGGCCAGUUGCACAAAGAUAAUGUUGAUGCCCAGGAAAGAGAAGAUGAUGGAAAGGAAGAGGAAGAGGAAGAUUAUUUUGAUAAGGAACUUGUUCAGUUAAUACAAGAAAGAAAAGAACAAAGUCGACAAGAUGAACCUCCCAGUAACAGCCAAGAAGUAAACUCAGAUGACAGGCAGCCCCAGUGGAGACGAGAAGACCGAAUCACUUACCAAGACAGAGAGAGCUAUAGUCAGCCACCUAGACACCAUCGUGGACCCCCACAGAGAGACUGGAAAUGGGAAAAGGAUGGCUUUAAUAGUACUAGAAAAAACAGCUUUCCACAUUCUUUGAGGAAUAGUGGUGGACCAAGAGGAAGUUCUGUCUGGCAUAAAGGUGCUACAAGAGGCUCUUCAACUUGGUUCCUUAAUCAUAGUNAUUCUGGAGGAGGCUGGCAUUCAAACAAUGGGAUGGUAGAUUGGAAUUAUAAUGGUACAGGAAGGAAUUCCAGUUGGCACUCUGAAGGAACAGGUGGCUUUCCCAGCUGGCACAUGAACAACAGUANCGGAAACUGGAAAUCCAGUGUACGUGGUACGAAUAGCUGGAAUUACAAUGGCCCUGGAGACAAAUUUCAACAAGGCAGAAACAGAAAUUCUAACUAUCAAAUGGAAGACAUGACCAAGAUGUGGAACAAGAAAUCUAAUAAGCCAAGCAAGUACAGUCAGGAGAGAUGNAAGUGGCAGAGGCAAGACAGGGACAAAGCUGCCAAGUACAGGAAUCCUCCCGAGGGAUACGCAAGCGAUAAGUUUCCUUCAGAAGGCCUACUUGAGUUCAAUUUUGAACAGCGAGAAAGUCAAACCACUAAACAAACAGACACGGCAGCCUCAAAAAUUAAUGGAAAAAAUNGCACCAAAGCAAGGGACAAGUUCNGCCGCNGGACACCUUACCCUUCCCAGAAGACUCUAGAUUUACAGUCAGCCCUGAAAGAAGUCAUUGGCAGCAAGUCAGACACACUAGAGAAGCCUCUCUUUAAUUUUAGCUUAAUAACUGCAGGACUGCGCAAACCAGUUGAUAAAACAAGUAAUCCUCCAAUGCUAAAAACACAAAAGGAAGGACCUCCUGGAUCUCCCAGUCACAAAGCCAUUUCUGANGGCACUGCUUUCUGUGAGGCGGCAAGAGCUUGCCCCAUUACUGAGCAAUCUGAGCCACAUCAGAAGUCACAUAAGGUUCCAUUACUGAAAUCCCCACUCCUUCCACUUCCAACCCCUAAAUCAGGUCCUCAUAAGCAUAAUUUAAAGAACCACUCAAAAAAUAAUGAGACAAAGUCCUUCCCUUCUGGAGAUCACUCACAUCUCCUGAACACGUCUACUCUAGAAGGUAGCCUUGGUUCUUCCUACACAUCCAAAUCACGCAGUUUAUGUCCUCGUGUUUUAAAGGAGAAUAAAACUGUAUCAGGCACUCAAAAAGAACCUAAUGAGAAGUUAAAUAGCACAUCACAGAAAGCCCAAGACACAGUGCUACAGUGUCCCAAAACACUGCAGAAUCCACUCCCUACCACACCCAAAAGGACAGAGAAUGAUGCAAAAGAAAGUAGUGUAGAAGAGUCUGCCAAAGACUCUGUGAGCAUCGAGUCUCAGCCACACUCAGCUGGAAACAGUGCCACCACAUCUGAUGCAGAAAACCAUGGCAUAAAAAGUGAAGGUGUAGCUUCACUGACCACAGAGGUUGUGUCCUGCAGCACUCACACCGUGGAUAAGGAACAAGGGAGCCAGAUCCUAGGAACACCCAAGAACCUCUCCGCCUCCCCACAUAAUUCCACAGUUCACCAGAAAGAGGCUGAGUUACAAGUGUCAGCAGCGACCAGUCCACACUCUGGCUUACUGCUAGACUUGAAGCCCUCUCUAGAAGAUGCUCAGGAUAACAUCCUUGUUAAAUCUGAUGGACCUUUUGAAACUGAGAGCUUUGAGGACACUAGCCUGGAUGCAGAGCUUCAAAAAACUGAUAUCAAUAAUCAGCCCCCAGGCACGCUUCUUCCCGAACUAAGUAAACUUGGUUUUCCCGCCUCGCUCCAGAGAGAUCUAAGCCGGCAUAUCAGUUUGAAGUCCAAAACAGGAACACAUCUCCCAGAGCCAAACCUCAAUAGCGCUCGACGAAUUCGCAAUGUUAGUGGCCAUAGAAAGAAUGAAACAGAAAAGGAAUCUGGGCUUAAGCCAACCCUACGACAGAUUCUAAAUGCAUCAAGGAGAAAUGUUAACUGGGAACAGGUCAUUCAGCAAGUAACCAAGAAAAAGCAAGAGCUGGGCAAAGGCUUACCCAGGUUUGGCAUAGAAAUGGUACCUUUGGUUCAAAAUGAACAGGAAGUCUUGGAUUUAGAUGAAGAACCUGAUCUGUCCAGUCUGGAAGGAUUCCAGUGGGAAGGAGUUUCCAUUCCCUCAUCCUCUGGCUUGGCAAGAAAGCGAAGUCUUUCUGAAAGCAGCGUGGUCAUGGACAGGGCUCCUGUGUAUAGUUUCUUUACUGGGGAAGGUACUGGUAAAGAAAAUGAAGCCCAGCAGAGUCCUUCACCUAGUACUGCACUGAGUGCUGCCCAGAGUCAGAAGACAGCCAUGUAUCUUGAACAAGAAGUGGCACCUCUGACUCCCUCUGUCAGAACAGGUGAAAGGGUUGGAAACAUUCCUACCCAGCGGCGACAUAGUGCACAGUUACCAUCUGAUCACAUAAUGCCUUUCAUGCAUUCAGCCAGAGACCUGCACAGCCAGGAGAGAUCUACCCCACUAUCAGAGCGCCACGCCCAGGAGAACACUGGAGAAGGAAACUCACUCUCAUCAAAUGCAUCUUCAGGUCAUGCAGUCUCCAGCUUAGCAGAUGCAGCCACUGACAGCAGCUGUACCUCUGGUGCUGAGCAAAACGAUGGUCACAGUAUUAGAAAGAAGCGAAGAGCCACCGGGGAUGGAUCUUCCCCUGAACUACCAAGUCUUGAGAGAAAAAAUAAACGAAGGAAAAUUAAAGGGAAGAAAGAACGUUCUCAGGUUGACCAGCUAUUGACUAUUUCCUUAAGAGAGGAAGAACUGAGCAAGUCUCUGCAGUGCAUGGACAACAAGCUCCUGCAGGCUCGGGCAGCACUGCAGACAGCGUAUGUUGAAGUUCAGAGGCUACUCAUGCUUAAGCAGCAGAUAACUGUGGAGAUGAGUGCACUGAGGACUCACAGAAUACAGAUUCUACAAGGAUUGCAAGAAACAUAUGAACCUCCUGAGCACCCAGACCAGGCUCCCUGUAGCCUCAUAUCACGAGAACAAAGGAACAGCCGAUCUCAGACAUCUUUUGAGACAGCUCUGCUGCCUGCACCCUUUUUCCCGGGGUUUCUGGAUCCACCUCCUUCCCAUGCAUCUCUACCAUCCUCUGGAACCCCUCUCCACAUGACCACUUGUACUUUCCAAGCCCAUGGUACUGCCCCUGAUUCAUCGGUUCAGAUUAAACAAGAGCCCAUGUCUCCUGAACAAGAGGGGAAUAUGAACGCUUUGCCACAAGGCUGUGCUUCCAAUGUGUCCAAGGAAUUACUGCAAACUAAUAGAGUGGUCAAUGACAGCUCUCCAGUUAACCCAGCCAUCCCUGCAGUGAUAACAUCAGAGUCAACAGAAAAUUGCAAGGAGGUUAACCAAAAUCUGAAUUUUUCUUUGGAGCAAGGAAAUUCCAGAAGCAGAGAAAACUCUCCCUCUUGCCAAUCUCCUGAUCUUACUGGCAUAAACAGAGGUGAAGAGUCAGCCAAAGGCAGCAGUGGAUCUGAAGCCUGCAGCAGUUCUUUUCUAAGAUUGUCUUUCGCUCCUGAAACUCCUGCAGAGAAAGAAACUCAGUCUCCAGCUGACCAGCCUGAGCAGCAGGCAGAAUCCACACUGGCAUCAGCCGAAACUCGAGGUAGCAAGAAGAAGAAGAAACUUCGGAAGAAGAAGACGCUUCGGGCCACCCAUGUUCCUGAGAACAGCGACACAGAGCAGGAUGUGUUCACGGCUAAGCCUGCAAGAAAGGUCAAAACUGGAAAGGCAGCUAAAGGGGCGAAAGUGACAACCUCCACCUGGGGAGACAGCCAGACUGGUCAGGAGCAAGGAACUGCCAGAGACGAGCCAGACAGCGAUUCCUCUCUGGAAGUCCUGGGAGUCACAAAUCCUCAGUUAGAAGUAGUUGCCAUUGAUAGUUCUGAGUCGGAAGACGAGAAACCAGACAGUCCAUCGAAAAAAGAUGCCGGGAUCGCUGCAGAACAGACCCCCAUAGAACCUUCUCGUUCUGGUUGUGAUGAGGUUAGCUCUACCAGUGAGCUUGGCGCCCGCUACAAGGACUGUGUUCCUGUGAGUGUGGCGGAAACCCAGACGGUGAUCUCCAUCAAAGCGUCUAAGAACUCUUCAGAAAUAUCUUCAGAGCCCGGAGAUGAUGAGGAGCCUACAGAAGGAAGCUUCGAAGGACACCAGGCUGCAGUGAAUGCAAUUCAGAUAUUUGGAAACUUCCUGUAUACUUGUUCAGCAGACACAACUGUCCGGGUUUAUAAUCUGGUGAGUCGAAAGUGUGUUGGUGUCUUUGAGGGACACACUUCCAAAGUGAACUGCCUUCUUGUCACUCACACCUCUGGGAAGAGUUCUGUCCUCUACACGGGUUCCAGCGACCACACCAUCCGCUGCUACAAUGUUAAGACCCGAGAGUGUAUGGAACAGUUACAGCUGGAAGACCGUGUCCUCUGCCUUCAUAAUAGAUGGCGAACCCUCUAUGCUGGCCUAGCAAAUGGCACUGUGGUCACAUUCGACAUAAAGAACAACAAGCAACAGGAGAUCUUUGAAUGCCAUGGCCCUCGGGCAGUCAGCUGCCUCGCAACAGCUCAGGAAGGUGCCCGAAAACUGCUGGUUGUAGGAUCUUACGACUGCACCAUUAGUGUUCGUGAUGCACGGAACGGACUGCUGCUCCGAACCCUGGAGGGCCACAGCAAGACUGUUCUGUGCAUGAAGGUGGUGAAUGACCUUGUGUUCAGUGGCUCCAGCGACCAGUCGGUGCACGCUCACAACAUUCAUACUGGUGAGCUUGUGCGCAUCUAUAAAGGCCACAACCACGCAGUGACUGUGGUGAAUAUUCUGGGGAAAGUGAUGGUGACUGCUUGCCUGGACAAGUUUGUUCGUGUCUAUGAGCUACAGUCCCAUGAUCGGCUGCAAGUUUAUGGAGGGCACAAAGACAUGAUUAUGUGUAUGACCAUCCAUAAGAGUGUGAUUUACACUGGCUGUUAUGAUGGCAGCAUCCAGGCUGUGCGGCUGAAUCUGAUGCAGAAUUACCGCUGUUGGUGGUACGGCUGCACUCUGAUAUUUGGCGUUGUGGAUCACUUGAAACAACACUUGCUGACUGACCACACCAAUCCCAACUUCCAGACGCUGAAGUGUCGCUGGAGGAACUGCGAUGCCUUUUUCACAGCCAGGAAAGGAUCCAAGCAGGACGUUGCAGGACAUAUUGAACGCCACGCUGAAGAUGACAGCAAAAUAGAUUCAUGAAGUUUUUUGCCUCCCAUGUUGGGAAGUCCUUAGUGAAGAAUUCUCCCCUGGGCCGUUCACUGUCCUUCUCCAGGCCCCUAUCUGUCCUCCAACAAAGCUGGGAGGGAGAAAAUGGCUCACAGCCAGACCCACCACUAGCAAAGUGUGAGCAGUCUGAGGAUAGGUUGGUCACACACAAUGCAGGUCCGCUCUAGAGCGUGCAAGUGACAUUGAAGCAGUUUCUAAGGAAGCUACUCUCUGGAACAAAUGACAUACAGUUUUUGCUACUAGUUUAUAGGUGUUUAUUAAAGAUGCAGAUUUUAAUUAGUUACCCAGUUUGACCCUAAUCAUACAUAUAUUCUAUUGAUUCGGUUUGUGAUUUUUGCUUUAUGUUCUUAUGAUGGCUUAUGAUAGAUUUUUCGAGAUCAGUUUUAAUUCCUCCUUUUGAAAUAACUGGGCAUUUAAAUUCAAACAGUUUUCUUUUUAAAAUAAUUAUGUGCAGUGUCUCACUAUUGAUGUAGCUGGACAAAGCUGGCUAUGAGUGUGACGGGAAACACAGUAGUGUCCUGAAGCGCCUGGCUACCCUGCUUACUGUAUUUUAGAAUUCAGACAUUGUCCAUGAUCAGAAGUCCCUGAAGACAGCCCUUCCCAGUAAUCACUCCAGAGUGCUCAGUGGGUGCCCCGUGCGCGUCUACACUCCUGGCUGUUUGAGUGGAAGGUGCAAACCUUUAUUCCCUUUCUAGCUCUGGCUCUUGGAGCCUCAUGAAGAGUUGACACCUUUUAGGUUACUCCGUUGCCAGCCCCUAUCAUUUCUACUGUCUUGCUGUGCCUAGAGCAGUGGCAGGCCAGGCGUCUAGGCUGCUUCCACCCACGGCAGGCACCCUAGAGAGGGAGCUGGGAGAAGCAGCUCGAGUCAGUUGAUCGGCGUAGGCCGCAGGCAGAGCUAGUGAAGCCGGUCGGUGCCUGACUCCAUGUUCAUGCCAGCUGUAUAGUGGAGUGUGGUGAAGGGAAAGCUACCAUUGGGAGUACCCAUCUUAGUGGAUCUUAGUGGGAUGGCUUUGUUCUUGGAUUUCUUAAAGAGUUGUGGGUAAAACUGAACAAGCUUUACUAUCUAAUGUUUUGUUUCUAGAUUUCAAACCUCAGAUUCUUCAGAGCGAGUGCCACAUACCCUCAGUUUCUGCUACUGGGAUUGUGGUCUCUUUUUGUCCCUGGCCUGAUCAAACCUCCCCAUAGACUCUGCUAGGAACUGAUAUAGGCUGUAGGCAGGUCUUCCCUCCCUGCACCCCCUUUCCAGGAAAGGUUCCAGUAGUUCUUACUGGACUCAGAAAAUGUUAACUAAUCUAGGAACUGACACUAGCUCAUGCGUGGCCACAAGCUGGUCACAUGUGGCCUAUUGUGUGGGAAAAUUUUUGUUGACCACAUGGCUUACAUGGGAAGAGAACCUUUGUGUGAUACAGGGGAGAUACUGACAGCACAGUUAUGAGAUUAGGAACCCUUUCCCACCUCUCACCUCCACUUCCUGUAAGGGUGUGCAGAGGAGCCACACUUUUGUGGGUCUGGGAAGUGACUGCUUAGGAAAGUUCCUAAUGCGUUUAAUGCUGACCCUGGAUCAUUCCCUGGGUUGGUUCGAUGUUCACCAAAGGGAAUAUGCAAAGUGAUGAGGGGUAGGGCCUUAUGCUGCAAGAAAGAAUAAUGUAAGGUGAGGAACAUGCAUGCAGAUAGGAUUAGUACAGACUGCUCUGAGCUUCCCUUGGUAGCAUUGUGUGCACAUGGCUGCCUGUUAGUUGUGUGUGCGUGGCACCUGCACUUGGGUUUCCUUGUUUCCCAGGGGUUUUUUGGAAGCAGUGUGAUGAUGAGUUCAAGCACAGGUGGGAUUGUUUUUGACACUGGGUCACUGUUCCCCAGAUGUAGUGUUCUGAAAAUGAAGAGCCCUAAGUGUCUUGGCUCCUCAACAGGAGCUGCCCGUAGGAGGAAGAACUGUGCGUACUUCUUAGGUCGACCGUGACGUCUGUUCACCAUCAGCCUCCAGUGCCCUCAGAAGGGGCAGCUCUGUCUUGCUAAUGUUUGUUUGACUUUGUUGAAGGGAGCAAAGUAACUAGUAACCUGACAAAAGGAAAACGCCAGACAUUUCUUACAAGUUACUUAAAGGUCAUUUUUAAUGUUGAUAUUUUUAAAAAUUCCUUAUGCUGAUUGCCACAGCUCAAAGCAAGGAAAAUCUUUUAAAAAUCUCUUGUGUAUAUUUUCAGUUCUAAUAAAAUACCAGGCACUUUCAAUUAUUUUGAAAGUUUUUACUAGGUUCAAAACACAUUUUGACACACUCUGCUAGUCUGUAUACAGUGCAAAUCAAAAAGGAGCAAAAACAUGUCCUGACAUGAGCUGGAGACGCCGUAGUUAGCAUUAUUAUACUCGUUGCCGUCGUGAAGAAAAUGAUUUUCCUGGGAGAGGUUGCAGUUGGAGGUUUGAAGUCAUGAACACAUAAUAGUCUGAGGCUACACUUUUAUGGUUGACGUGAUUGUUGCCAGCAAAGGUUUUGUUGUUGGGUUUUUUUUUUUGUUGUUUGUUUGUUUUCCUGGUAGAUUAUCAUGGCACAACUUGAGGACAUGGGCAUGUGGCUGGGGUGCUGAGUGUAGGUGCACACUUAAAGAAUGGCACAGUAUUCUAUGGAAGAUAAUUCAUUGAGGAGGAAAUUAAAAUAUAUUGUAAAGUGGGGUUUGAACAGUAAGUAGGUUUGCUUAAGUCCACAUAUGCUUACUUAGCAAAUUUGUUCCUGUUGCUUCCAAGAAGGUUCUAGAAUUACUAUAAAGACUGUAUUUGCCAUACUUGUGGUGGUUUCACCCAUGUCCUAUCAUUGAGAGCCUUGGGUUUGAGGGAGUUGGCCUGAUAGGAAGGAAAGGAGGAAGCUGUGGUGGGUCUCACCUGGUUCCAUAUGCAGAUGGCUAGGAAACCUCUGUAAACCAAACCUACCACUUACCUCUGCUUCACCUCCAGCCCCAAGGACAUGGCCCAGACUGGCCCAGACCAGCUCAGCCCAGACCAGGAGUAGCUCAGUGGGGGCAGAGAGUGGAGAAGGAAAGGCUGUGGGGGGAAGUAGAUGCCCAGAGCUACCCCGAACCUUGGUUUUUCAAUAUGGAUUAGAAGAAAUGUCAGGUGACAUUUGACUGCAAAGGUAUUUCUAAACAGCCUUCUUACAUUUUGGUAUAAAAGCUGUGAACUUCAUAACUUUGUAAGUGAGAUAUAAAGCAAGUACAAGAAGAAAAUAAAGUACUUUUACUAAGCGUUCA